UGAUGGCGAGAGUAAAGCAGAAAAUGUUCUUGUUUCUUUGCUUGUUAGUAAUUUUGUAUAUCUUUCUAUGUCAUUUUUAUCGACCGUUAUUAGAUGAUAAAUUUUUAGAGUUGAAUAAAUGUCCUGCUUGCUACGGGAAAAAGUUGUGUAAACAUUUAUUUAAUACUGAAGUUGUGUUAAAUGAACAUAAACUUAAUAUUAUAAGCGUUUUUAAUGUUAGAAAUGUAUUCCUUGGUAAUAUUGCAAAUGAAAAAGUCGUAUUCAAAAAGCUGGCUCAUAAUUGGGAGUUGCAGCGGUUCGAUAGUUUGUUAGGUGCCGCAACUCUCCGCAUUGUAUGUCCCUUGGGCGACUGCCUUCCUCAGCACCAUGCACCCGGCGACGGAUUGAGAGAGGUGUUAAAGUUUUACGACUGGAAUGUCAGUUCACUCGUUCAAAACGAGCCUGAAUUGUUCGAAUUUAGUGAUGCUGUAAAGUGUCCUAGUGUUCGAACGAUAGAAUUUCUCUUUAAAAGUUUCCAAGAGCACGAAGCGACAAGUGGAAGCGAUGAACUACUAGAAAAUUUUGUUACGCAACUCUCCAUCAACCCCGAGCCUUUGAUCAUGAUGGCUUUCCGUGCAAAGGAACCUGUGUUCGCUGAGGUGCUUGGGGCGUGCGGGAGAUUGGUAGCCUACGCGCACGCUGGUGUGCCGCUCACAGAUGUCCUCGAUAGGCCGUGGCUGGAACGUGUCAGAUACGCGUUGCAGUUACUGCAGAUUACCCAGGCGCUAUCCACCGGCCCCAUGGCCCUAUACCUCUGCGACCCGCGGCCCGAGAACUUCGCAGUCGAUGAUCGUGGAAAAGUUUGGAUUGUGGACGCCGAAAAUAUCAUCCUUGUUGAUUCUAAAGCCAAUGGGAUGGCACAAGAUGAACAUGAGAACGACGGCACUGGAUGUCUAGACUGCUUCAGCUUCUCGCAAGAAGAUCUCUGCAGCCACGCUACCACCGACCACAACUACUUUGCCAUCUGCAAGAGUUUGCUCUCCUCGACUCCUUUCGAGCGGAGUAUCCCAGGGGGUCUCCUACGCGACGCUCCUACUUGGCUAACCGAAGACUUCCCUUCCGUUUUCCUCCUCAUUGAGAUAUGUUCCUAUCCUGCUUACAGCCCCUACAGAAAACUGUCUGGAAAUAUUCUCACUUUUGACACGAAAUCUGGUGCACGUGUCCCCUCUUGGGGUGUAAAUACCCCCGCAAAGAUGGAAGAAUGUGAAGGAAAUGUUUCUAGCCAGGGUCAAAAAGAAUGCGGAUCGCACAACGUUAGCUUAGGUUCACCUAACUUCGCGACUAUGGGACGAAGAAAAGCUGUUGAAUAUCUCAUCAGUAUCUUCAAUAAGCUUCUUAACAUGAAGCUGCCUGGCAAGUUUUGAGAGUAUUUGUGUGUAAUGUUAUUCAAUAUGAGUUUAUGUAUAUAUUUCAGCGCACGUUGUCUGUAAAGUUCAAUCAUAAAAUUUAUUAAUUUGAGUAGGGAAUCUAGUAAUGAUUCUUCCAAGUUAUUUUAAAUCUGUUUCUAAUCAUUUGCUUAAAUAUACUAUUCUGAAGCUU